UCCAUCAAGGUGGCGGAUGCCAUUUUGGCUCAAACAAAGUCAGAAACAUUUAGUUAGAUGGAAAUAUUUUUGUUUUAAUUGUCUUAAUAUCGCAUUAAUAAUUUACCGAAUACCCCUGUUAAGUGACUGACCGAAUGUUUGACGAAUUGAGUUUUUUUUCCCGAUUAAAACGUCAACAUUUUAUUUCCACAAAGUAAUGAUUACCUCUUUGCAGCGCGUCUGCCAGUGUAACAACCUAAUAACAUUGACGUUGUCAUAUUUUUUCUGUGUGCAAUGGGCGGAUGCUCGGCUCCUAACUGUUCUAAUUCAACCAGCAUAGGAAAACAGCUAUUUAGAUUCCCCAAAGACCCUGUCAGGAAGAAGAAAUGGGUUGUGAAUUGCCGACGUGACUUUGAGCCAACUCCACAUUCGAGACUCUGCCAAGACCAUUUUGAGGAAAGCCAGUUUGAAGAGUUGGCGAAGUCUCCAGCUGGAGGAAAGAAAUUGAAGCCUAAUGCCAUCCCAACUCUCUUCAAUGCUGGGGAUCCUCCAUACCCUGCUGUUACAGCUCCAUUCAUUUUACUGCCCUUGAAACCUGAGCUUGUGGAGAAGGAACUGAAUGUUGGUGACCAUGGCUAUGCUAGACGCACUCCACUGCUUGGCCUUGAAGAGGAAAAUGGAAAUAGGACAGCUGUGGACCAGCAGUCCUGCACACAAUGCCACCUGCUUAAGAAACAACUGGAGAAAGAGAUGCAGCACACAGUGAGACUGCAGAAGGAGGCAGAGGAGAUGAAGAAACGUCUCUACCGGCUCGACCGUAUUGAGAAGGGACUCCAGAACUUUCUAUAUGAGGACCAGAUCCGUGCCCUGUCUCUCACCAAGCGAUCUAGACGAGCUGUGUGGUCUCCGGAAACUAUCCUUAAGGCCAGAAAGAUCCGAAGCGCAGUUGGUACCAAAGGCUACGAAUACCUGAGAGAGCUAGGUUAUCCGUUACCAUCAUAUCGAACUCUAUGUAAUCGCCUGGAAACCAAAAUAAUGGUCACGACGGACAUGAGCUGCGAAGAACUAGCAGAGUUGGGCCUGGGACUCAUGGCCAACUGUGACAGCCCAACAGGUGUUGGAGACAAUGAUGAAGAAGACCUUCUAGGUGUCUUGUCCUGAUCAGUGCUGCUUGUUUGGCUUUUAAAACAAUAUAAGUGAUCGCUUUAACAGGCUUUGCUUUCCUUAGAUAUAUCGGGGGGGAGGGGGGGGGGGGGUUGUUUUUUAAAUUUGCCACACAACUUUGCUGAGCAAACCUUGAAUGUACCAUACUGAGGUGAUGUUGAGGCUUGAAAAUUGACAAAAUGAGCGGUAUGACCAGACAGGCCUUGCAUAGAAAACUAAAGGACAUCAAAUGAAGACAAAAUGUCUGUUCCAACUUUAUCAUAUAGCCCGUUCAAUUUAGGCAUUGCAUGAACCAUAAUAAGGCAGGAAUUAUUACAUAAUCCGGUUUUUGUCUCUGUUGUACCCCUAAAAUGUUCUACAAGCAUGUAUAAUAUUUUUUACACAUUAGGGUGAAUGUAAUUAUGAUGCUAAAUGUAGGCAGCAGCUUUGUUUAGUAAGUAGGUCUUCCCUUUUCCUUUUAGUAAAGAAUGAAUGUGUAGAAGGACUGCCACUAUCACAGGGGCUGACAGGGUUACCAAGAAUUUAAGCAAUGCGACAAAAUAAAACUUAUUAUCACAAACACAUACCGUCCCCACCAAAAGUAUUGGAAUGGCAAGGUCCUUUGUUUUUAUUGUAUGCUAUAGACAUGUAGGUUCCAGAUCAAAAGAUGAAUAUGAGACUAAAGUUCCAAAUUGUGGCUUUUAUUUAAUGGUAUAUACAUAUAGAUGUAUUAAACAGCUCAUGGCAGUGCUCAUGGUCUUUAUAUACUGUAUAUGUGGCCUGCAACAAAUGAGUUUGACUCCUUAAAAUGUAGCAUGCCUCCUAAGACCUUCUUACAGAGAUAGAAGGGAGAAAAAUCCCAGGAUACACACAAGCGCAAAAGCAUUUCAAAUAAAGAUUGCAACACAGUCUGGUAAAGUUAAUAUUUUGCAGGCUUGUUGCAGUUAUUGCGAGAAAUGUUUUUGCUCACUUCAUACGUGGGUAGCUUCAAACAAAAAGUAAUCUGUCAAUAGAUAUUCAUGUUUAUACCAUGAAAUAAAAGCCGCGCUUCUGAAACUUUGCCUCAUAUUCCUCUCUUUCCCCACUUUGGUCCGGAUUAGUUUUGCCUACCCUGCCCUAACACAGAACAUACUUUAUAGUUAUAUAUAUAU